GUUCAGCGUUGAUCGCCGCGGAGGGUGCAUCUUUUGACUCGGUUAUAUAAAUUUGAUCUUUUGGUACUGCAUUCGAUGUGGCCUGAUAACCCGAACAUGUCCUAAUUUAUUUUCAAAUCGAUUUAUUAUUGUAUCUACCGAAAAACAGGUUCAUUGCCCUCUGUCGCCGCUGUUGUUGUUGCUGUUACCGUGAGCAGAACUAGACAUCUACCCUGAUUGUAGUGACUCACAGGAAAACGAGCGGAUCAGGUGUUUGAUGGGAAUAUAAUCAAGGGUAGUGUACGGGGGGAAGAAAGAUAUGUCGAUGCACGAUGUUGCUAGGAAAAGAAACUAAACAAGAUUGUCGCGGAAGUCGCAUAUCAGCAGGCGCAUCGUACAUCGGAACGAAGGGCUGGGAUACUGCACGAUAUUUGAUGCAGCCAUGUGCCCCUGAUAUAGCGAACAUGUUUCUCGUCAGGCGCGACGCAAUGCACCCUUAAUCCUUGUUUUUUACUCUGGACCGUUGGUUGUAAAAUACAAAAGCUUCAGGUGAUAAUAGACUGCAGAUACUUGUUAGCUGCUUACAGUAGCCACCACGCGACGGUUCAGCAGGAGAACGUGCUUGCCAGCUAGCUUGUCCGUCGACUGAAAAUAUUUAACCGAUCCUCGUCUUCCUAUUGUUUCAAAAAUGAGAUGUUGGACACUUAUGGCGGCGAUCGCCCUUGCUACGUCGGGGUUUGUAAGUGGCGGUUAUCACGAGAAGCGGCUGCUAAACGACCUGUUGGAUGCAUACAACGUGCUGGAGCGGCCGGUGGGCAAUGAGUCCGAACCCCUACAGUUGAGCUUCGGCCUUACGCUUAUGCAAAUAAUUGACGUUGACGAGAAGAAUCAGUUGCUCAUUACCAACCUGUGGCUGAAGCUGGAAUGGAAUGACGUGAACAUGAGGUGGAACAUCUCAGAAUAUGGAGGCGUGAGGGACCUUAGGAUACCGCCGCAUCGAUUAUGGAAACCUGAUGUACUCAUGUACAACAGUGCGGACGAAGGAUUCGAUGGUACAUAUCCAACAAAUGUUGUCGUCAAAAGCAAUGGGACUUGCUUAUACGUCCCUCCUGGUAUAUUUAAAAGUACGUGCAAGAUAGAUAUCACCUGGUUUCCCUUCGAUGAUCAGCGUUGUGAGAUGAAAUUUGGCUCUUGGACAUAUGAUGGUUUUCAGCUUGAUUUACAAUUACAAGACGAAGCUGGAGGGGACAUCAGCAGUUUCAUCACCAACGGAGAAUGGGAUCUUUUAGGAGUACCUGGCAAAAGGAAUGAAAUCUACUACAAUUGUUGUCCAGAGCCCUACAUAGAUAUCACAUUUGUUGUCAUUAUAAGAAGAAGGACUCUGUAUUACUUUUUCAAUUUGAUCGUACCUUGUGUCCUAAUUGCUAGUAUGGCAGUUUUAGGUUUCACCUUGCCACCAGAUUCUGGUGAAAAACUUUCGCUCGGAGUAACUAUUCUCUUGUCCCUUACCGUGUUCUUGAAUAUGGUUGCUGAGACAAUGCCUGCAACGUCCGACGCUGUGCCAUUAUUAGGCACAUACUUCAAUUGCAUUAUGUUCAUGGUUGCAAGUAGCGUGGUCAGCACAAUUCUCAUAUUAAAUUAUCAUCAUCGGAAUGCUGACACACACGAGAUGUCCGAUUGGAUAAGAGUCGUCUUCUUAGACUGGUUGCCUUGCAUACUUCGUAUGUCAAGACCAACAGAUAAAGAAGAAAAAGAAACUCAAAAAUCACAAAAACCUUCUCCAGUUACAGGUACUAGCAAGGCAUACGGUGAUUUAGAACUUCACCAAAGGAGUAGUAAGUCUUUGCUGGCUAACGUACUAGAUCUAGAGGACAACGCCUUGGCUUCACAUAACAACUUAUUGAACAACAUCUAUAGUACACCGGGUCCCCACCACCAUACAAUGGGCCACGGACAUAGUCAUAUACAUACGACUCCACAUCACCACCACACGCACGCGACAACGACGCCGCAUCAUCAGCACUCGGCGUCUUUACCGCAUUCUUCUUAUCCACCACAGCAGCUUGGCCAUACUCCACAUCAUCAUUCACAUCCGCAAGAUGCAGGAGCACCGCAAGUAGAAACUAUACUCCAAAGUGCGUGCUUCUGCGCUCGCUAUGAACUUGUCCUAAUAUUGAAGGAGAUUAAGAUAAUCACGGACCAACUGAAGGAGGACGAAGUAAAUACGAAGAUAACAAACGACUGGAAAUUCGCUGCCAUGGUGAUCGACAGAAUGUGCCUAAUCAUUUUUACUCUGUUCACUAUCAUCGCUACUAUCACCGUCCUGUUUUCUGCGCCACAUAUUAUCGUCACGUGAUUCGAAAAUUCAAUGUGGCUGUCAAGAGCGGAAAAAGAAGACGAUGCUCAUAUGGUGAAAAACUGGUUCUUGUUACGGGUAGUAGUCCCAUUGCGUUCGAUUUUUUUUUUUAUAAUUGUCAAAUGUGUCUCUUCGUCAAAAACGAGUGGUAUUUGAUGCGAAACUGCGUUAACAUAGAAAAGCAAUAUAAAAAUGCCUUAGCAAAACCCUUUCAGAUUGACAUGCCCGUGCAAAUAAGUUCGCAUAAACCGUUCACUAGACGUUCAUUAGGAAUCAGCGAAAUUUUUUGUGGAUUCCAUAGACGUCUUGAUAAUUCUUGAUAUAUGUGUCAAAUAUGCACAGAAAAAAGUUGAGAGAGACUUCGAAAUUGUUAAAAGCCAUCUGCAUAUAUAAGUGCAAAAUAUUACUCCCAAUAAACCACAGGAAUAAAACGGACUCGAGGAUAUGCGGCGUUUUUGGGGCGUCUGCAGAAAGACCCCAUGAAGCCAGUGCCUAUCCUUUAAAUAUCUUUGGAGUCCCAAACACUUCCCAUGUCCCCGUUUCCAGCCAAGGUGAAUCAAAUGCCAGAGAAUUUUAUUAUCCGCAUCACUAGUAAAUAGAGGCGAUUAUAAAGGUUUAUAUUAUGAUUAUCUGGCGUUCGGAUGCACUAUUUUCUUA